AUAUAUUUCGGGGUUUCAGGAAAUAGUUAUGGUGGAAAAAAGAAAAGAAAGUGUUCAGGACCCAGGGACAUUCAUGCUUUUGCUGCAGUGGUGAUGUGACUGCAACUCAGCUGUGUAGCUGGCUGAAGGCCAGGGAGGCCGAUCCAAGCCCUUUCAGUAAAGUGCUGCUCUAGCCAAAGGCUGUACUGUAGCUAGGGAGUGGCGUCAGUAGACUGGAGGAUAUGCACGGUGUAUUGGGACUCGGCUCUCCCACCAUUCAGAAGUACCUCAUUGUUAAUCGGCUGCGGGAGCACGGCAGAGGCUUUGGACGGAGUUUAAAGAGCUGGGUUCCAUUAGCUUGCAGUGCACUGAGAUGCCAGAUAAGGCACUGGAGGCAAUUUCCAGAAGUGAAGUGACCUCAGCCUUGCCACUGUGCUUCCGGUCAUGGGAAAGGGGUCCUCAAUUCACCAGGACUGAUGUUGGCGUCAUUUGUGAAGGCAACUAAGGGCUUAUGAAAUGAAAACAAAUGAGAGAAUUUUAGCAGACCUGGACAAUAUGGCCACCAUGUUCAAUGAGUACCAUGAGUUCCCAGAUAUCCUCCCACCUGUUCGAGAUACUCCCUCCCACAGAGCAGCCUUGACUGGACCCAGGGAGAAUCGACGCUACUUUGGAAUGAGGAGCAUGGAUUCGUAUGAUCGGGACCGCCCAGUCAGCUACAGCUCCACUUCGUCCUCGGCCUCCUCCAGGGAUAGCCGUUGCUCCUUAAGCAGCGGCAUGACUCUGGUCUCCAACAGUCACUUGGGCCUCGCAGGCCAAGAGAAGGAAGCCGGCGCCAUCCGGCUGGAGUUGAUUCCGACGCGGCAGUUAUCCGCAGAGGAGCCGCAUGGUAGGGGCAAGGCGGGGUGUGUGAAUCCUGGGGAGGUGGCGGAGAAGAGGCCGGCAAUCGGUGGGAUUAAGAGACUCGACUCCAGGGGAAUCCCGAAGAGCCGUGCAACUUCUCCACUGGCGGCAUCUGGAAGUCCCAAACUGCUUUACGUGGAUAGGGUGGUGCAGGAAAUCCUGGAGACAGAACGGACCUAUGUUCAAGAUCUGCAGAGCAUUGUCAAGGACUAUCUAGACUGCAUCACGGAACAGUCAAGGCUCCCCCUGGGGAUAGAAGACCGCUUGGCCUUGUUUGGGAACAUUGGGGACAUCUAUCGUUUCAACAGUGAACUGCUUCGAGAUCUGGAGAGCUGCGGCAGUGACCCAGUUGGAAUUGCGGAAUGUUUUGUAGCGAAGAGUGAAGAGUUCCACAUUUAUACACAAUACUGCACAAACUACCCCAGGUCCGUAGCUGUGUUAACGGAAUGCAUGAGGAACAAAGUGCUUGCCAAAUUCUUCAGAGAGCGACAGGAGACCUUGAAACACUCACUCCCAUUGGGAUCCUACCUUCUCAAGCCUGUGCAACGUAUCCUAAAGUAUCAUCUUCUCUUGCAUGAAAUAGUUAGUCAUCUGGAGAAGGAUACAGAGUGUUAUGAUGUGGUGCAGGAUGCCAUUGACACAAUGCAGAGGGUGGCUUGGCACAUUAAUGACAUGAAGAGGAAACACGAGCAUGCAGUAAGACUGCAGGAGAUACAAAGCCUGCUGACAAAUUGGAAAGGUCCAGACUUGACCAGCUAUGGAGAGCUGGUCUUAGAGGGAACAUUCCGCUUUCAGCGGGCCAAAAAUGAACGCACUUUGUUUCUUUUAGAUAAACUUCUUCUCAUCACUAAAAAAAGGGAAGAAACUUAUGCUUAUAAAGCUCAUAUUUUGUGUUGUAACUUGAUGCUGGUGGAGGUUAUACCGAAGGAGCAUCUUGGUUUCAGUGUUUUCCACUACAAGAAUCCCAAAAUGCAGCAUACAGUUCAGGCCAAGUCAAUGCAGGACAAGAGGCUUUGGAUUCUUCACCUGAAGAGGCUUAUUCUUGAAAAUCAUCCAGCCAAGAUCCCUGCCAAGGCUAAACAAGCAAUUCUGGAGAUGGACGCCAUCCAUCACCCUGGUUUCCACUACAGUCCAGAGGGCGAGAGGAAGGCAGACAUGGAGGAUAAAAUCACGCCUCGCAGAGUCCGAAGGAAGUCCGAACCAUCAGCAAGAAUGAAAACUCCCAAACAAGCGGCAACAAGACAAGACAAGCGUGCAAGCGUUGAAGGAUCACUCCUUUCUCCUGUGGAAUCAUUAUCCAAUGAAACUACACCUGACUGCAAGAGCGAAGUCAAUGCCCUCUCCCGUGAAGACAGUGUCAGCCAAUCACAGGAGUCGUUGGAGCCGGCCUAUCCAAGCGACCUCGAAGAAAGCCUCCAUCUACGCACCUUGGACCAGACUGACGCUGACGAUGAAGAGGAAGUUGAACAGGUAGCGUGCACAUCUCUGGUGCAGCAGGAAAGCCAACGUUUCUCCAUUCACUCGGUGGGCCGACCUGCGGGAUGGGACGAGGAUGUAACGGUGGCCCCAGGCGGCGGAGUGGAGAGAAGCGAGCGUUUCCAGCCCACUGCAGGACGGGCCUUGUUACCCGGCAGGAUGCUGGAGAAGAGCGAUCGGCGGGUCUUUGUUCCGGCCGCCUCUGCCCCCGAGCUUCACUCCACGCCGGUUAGCCCGUCCCGAGGGGCCUGUGGUCGCCGUCUCCCGGGGGUCCGGGAGCAUCAGGCCGUGGGACCGGACCGCAGGGUGGUCAGGCGGGCCAGCAGCGCCGGAGAGAACCGCUCGACGUACCGACCGGCGGCCCAGGGCGACAGGGGGCGCCCGGCGACGGGCCUGCAGCGGGCCGAAGGGUCGGUAAUACCGGCAACCGGCAGAGCGCAGCCCCGGUCAGGCCCUGGCCCAGUUGGCCCAGAGCGAGAACGCACACAAGUUGGGAUGCCGGCGCUGUCGGGCACCGCGGCGUCGCCCAAGCGGGAGCUGCCAGUGGUGGACCGGAGGCCAGCCCCGUCCCAGACGGCCCACAAGAAGCUGAAGAACGACUGGGAGGGCCUGGACGCCGAGACGGCCUGCCGAGGCCUGGGCAACUUCCCCUCCGAGGAGAGCCUGCGGUGCAGCGGCGACGAGGCCUCGGAUCGCAGCCGGUCGCCGGCCAAGAGCGGGCCGGCCUGGACCGGCAGCUCCUCCAAUUCCAACUCGGCGUCGCGCGAGUCGGUGCCUGACCGACUGUCGGAGGAGGUGGACGAGAUCUGGAACGACCUGGAGGACUACAUCAGGAGGAGCGAGGAGACCCGGCGUGACCGGCUGCCGGCCGCCUUCCCAGUCAGCCAGGACGACCUGGGAGCGUUGGCCCGCCGGAGGCUCAGGCCCUCUGCUCGCCCGCUCUCCGAGUGGCCGGUGUCCCUCCAAGUGGAGGAGAGCAGGCUCGGCAGGAUGAGCACCACCAACAUCGAGACUGAUAGCGGCGAGCCGAGCGAGCUGGCCUCGCCGUUGGGCGCCGGAGCUGCCGCCUUCCCCGAGGACAAGGGGCUGGAGGCGGACAGCCCUCUGGGCAGCACGGAGGCGGUGGGUCCGCAGGAGCUGGACAUCGUGGACCGCACCAAGCGCAAGGUCUACUAUAUGGCACGGCAGUACAGCCAGAAGAUCAAGAAGGCCAACCAGCUCCUGAAGAUGAAGAAUGCGGGAGAACAGACGCCGUCUGAUCAGCCCAAGAGGAAGUGUAAGGACCUGGCAGCUAUUCUGGAGGAAAAGAAGCAAGGAGGCUCUGCCAUUGGUGCCCGCAUCGCUGAAUACUCCCAGCUGUACGACCAGCUCUUGUUCCGAGAAACUCCCCCAAGGUUAUCCACGGCAUCGACAGACAGUGAGGUGUGGGCGAGGAGCACUCCCCAAGGGCUGCUGUCCUCCUGCAGCUCCCACGGGCACAGCCUGGACUCUGAGGACUGGCUGCUGCACUCCACCUACAGUAACGGGGAGCUGGCCGAUUUUGUGGCCUGGCCGGACAUCCACGAGCUGGCGACCAAGUACACCUCACCGGAGAUGAGGGCGCGGCUGUAGGCCAGGGUUGGGCUGGCCAGCCCGUCCCCUACAUUAGCCACCAGCCGCCCCCCGGAGCAGCGCUGGAGCGCCCUGGUGAUGCCACCCAACGUGCCGAGCUACUCGCCGAUGCGGGGCUGCGGCACGUUGGGGCGGCUGGCUAGUGAGGGCGGGGCACGGGGAGUGUCGCUGUCCUCCCCCUCCGUGGCGGUCGGCCACUCCGUCGAAGUGCCGCGGCCCGAGCUGACCCUGCGGGACCCGCGGCAGGUGGUGCUGGCGGGCGGGACCCCAGCCCUCGACGCACGCUCGGCCGCACGCAACUACCUCGCCAACUUCAACGAUGCCGACGAGGAUGACGAGGACUAUGUGGAGAUCCGCUCCGAGGAUGAGGACUACGAAGACCUGGACGAGAGCAGCCUGGCAGCUGAAGCCGCCACCACCAUCUUGCGAAACAGCGGCACGUCGGAGCCCCAGCCUUGCACCCCGCUGUUGAGCGGGGAAGGGGGAGGGGGAGGGGGAGGGGGAGAGGGUGUUCCCGGCUCCCUGUCUGCACUGGGCGAGCCCGACCAGCUGAGCCACUACCUCUGGCGGGAACCCUCCCCCAGUCAGCAGAACAUUGUGCAGACUCUGCGCGACAAGUUUCAGUGCCUCAGUUCCAGCAGCUUUGCCUAGUGGGCAGAAUGGUCCGAUGUCGCUGGCCUUUAUCUGGGGAAAAGAGCAAAGGGAAACUAUAACGUAUUAAACUCAGCUCUGAUAGAUCUCUCUGAUUGCACUCCCUGACCCGAGUCGUAGUGUUAAAAUAGUAUCUAGGUUCAGGGAAGAUCCGAGUUUAUCAAACAAAACAAUGCAAGUAAAUGUUUACUUUUGUACCUAUAGGGAAUCACUGGCAGAAGAAAAUACACAAUCACAGUGCAAAUGCAGUGGGAGUCGUGGGUGACCUGUUCUUAUUGAGGUGGGAAUGAAUGGUGGUGGUGUUCGCUGCGGGUUUUGGCCAAGAAUGGUUAUUGCCCCCUCUAGUGUAAUUAUCAUGCGUUCACCAUCUCUCUCUCUCUCUCUCUCAGGGGCACUGUUUGUGUGUGGGUGUGGGUGAUGGGCUGGUGGGGAGAAAGCAAUCCAAAUGACUGAUCCUCGCCAGCCCCAGCCCCCAAGACUGAAAGUAGAAGUUAUCCAGUUACACAAAGUGCUUGGACAGUUUAUUCGGGCCUUAUUUUAGCCCCAAGCUUUCAGACUGGUGUUGAAAAUGAGGAAUGAUUGAGGAGAAAUUGAAGUAACGGCAAUUAGCGUGGUAAAGGAGAAAUGUGUGGGGGAUGCAAAAUGGAUCUUUGGCAACUGUCGGGAAUAAAAGCAGGUUGAGGAAGUAGGCAUGCACUUACUUGGCUGUUGCCUCUCAUUUUCUCAUUAACUGAUGUGAGCAGAGCUUCACAUGACUAACAAACUAAUUAGAAGCUAGUCUGGCUUCAUGUUCAAACCUGCACCACUAGGCAUCCCAUACAGUUAUUGCCAGACACAUGCUUGCAAUUAAUCUUUAAUCCCAUCAAACCCGGCCUUCCCAAUUGACUCCAGAUUACGAGGUUUCCUCUAUUGCCAGAAGUCCAAUAACACUUGCUGGCAUUUACCUCCAACCUGCUUGUGCUACCAGCUGUUCUGCUUUGCCAACAUAAACAAUGAGCAUUCCAAAGCUCCCAUCAUUUAAUUAUUACUUUUAAAAGAUGGCAGAACUUCUGCCAGCCAGAAUAAGCAGAACUUCAUUCAAACGAUGUGUCUUGUGAGCGUGGCUGCUGAAAACUAACUGUGGAUUGAGAGGAGUAGUGUUCCCUAGAUGGUAAUUGCAGGACAGAAAUUGAGAUGCUGAUACCUUGAGACCUCGUGGCUAAUAACCUUCUGCCUUGUGGUCAGGACCAUCAUUUGAAUGUGUGUUGAUGUUGCAUAUUGGAACAGGGUCAUCUGGAACAAUGCAAGCAAUGUUACCUUUUUGGAAGUUUAAGAGAAUCCACCAUUUAGAAGUCAAUUUUGAAAUUGGUUUGUGUUCUGGAACAAGAUUAAAUCUUUUCCUUUUUUGAUUUGACUUGUACCUUGCUUCUUGGUUCCAGUAAGAACAUAAUAGAAAGUGGUAGCUGUUCCAAUUUAAACAAAACUGACCUUCUGUUUCAUCUGUCUUUUUCCCGUGCAGUCCAUCAGAUGACCAGGUGCAUAAGUAUGGGACUUGUCUUCAUUCCUCCACUCUACAACAGUCCAUCCAUUUUCAUUCAAAUUGGUAGCUUAACUAUUGCCCGUGGAGCAAUCUCACUCAGAUUAAUUUCUCAAUUUAAUUUGUCCAUUUCAUAACUCAGUGAAGGGUAUGAUUUAGAAUCAUGAUCAGUCCAAAAGUGAUCUCCAUCCAUUGCCACGGAAAUGCUGAAAACCAAUAAUUUAUACGUGUUCACAAUAAAGUGAGUUCAAUUAAGAAUAAUCAUGCUCCAGUUCCAGCUUGGCAUGCGAGCCACCAAGCCUAGUCACCAGUAUGUAAUUGAGACGAAUUAAAAUGUUAAGACACACAGCAUCUUGUUCAUUGGAGCCCACUGGGUAUAAAUCUGUUCAAAGGAGUUGUGUUUCAGUACAUCUCCCUAUUUCUUGGUUCAAGGAAUUAGAAGGUGGGGGUGUUGGUCACUUAUUCAUCAGCUCUGUUGGUUUAUUGAUGAGCAAUUUAGCUUCAGUGCUACUUUCAGAGGCUGGACCAUAAACCUGCCCAAAAGCAGUGUGACAAUGUGCACAAGCUUGAUCUUCAAUGCACAAAAUGCACCCACUUAACCUAUGUGCUCCUGCUAUAUGUCUGUGUGCUUCAUUUAACUAUGCAAUAUUACUCCCAAUGUCUGGCUCCCCUUGUGUAGGUACAUAUGUUUCAUCAUGUAUGUUGAAAAGCAGACAAACAAAAUUACUUUUUUCCCCUAAAUAAAAGACAUCGCUUUUUACUUUAAGCAAUAAUGAAAUGCACUUGAUACAGUAACUUGACUUCUAAUUGUAAAAUUCAGUAGAUGGGAACAGUCUUCACAAAGUUUAAAGCUUGUAAAUUUCAUAUACAUAUAUUUUUAAAAUAACAAUAGGUCAAUAUUUUAUUGUAUUGCUCCAUUAUUGGAGGCUUGCUGUAGUUUAAAAUGUUAAUUCAAGAUUCAUUGAACUGGAGAAAAGAGAUCCUGGUAUUUCAGAGAAACUAUCAGGAUUUCUCAUGACCUGUUUAAUUCUCUGUCAUUCCAUCAGCGGCUUUACUGUACAAAACGCAUUGUCAAGAACUGAUCUUCAGUGGAAAGAGAUUGUUGGCCAAGUUCACAUAUAGUUCUGACAGUUGAAACUGAAAUGGGUGUCGAGCUGACCAACCUGUUAAUGAAUAAAGGAAACUUUCUCAAAGACUGCAGUUCUCGUGUCUUAUCCUAUGGAUGAGAAUUUGAGCUGGAAAUGACUUCCAAGAACAAAUUUGCACUUUUUAUGGAUAUUUUAUAAAAACAAGAUGAAUGUUGAACAUGUAGCAAAAUUAUGAAAAAAUGAUGCUUGCUUCAUUAAUUUUACUAUGCUCAAUAAAGUUGAGCCUAAUGCAUGCCAAAUUGCCAGGAAUAGUUUGAACAUUUCACGUUUUAAAAAAAAUGAAUGUGUUUUUUGUGUGGAGGGAUAUAGUGCUGUACAGAAAUGAAUUGUAUGAAAUAAAUAAUUGAACCAUUUGGGUAUUUGAUGUAUUUUUGUUGCAAGUUUUUGUUUUAACAGGUUAUGAAGAAGGUGAAGUGGGUAAGAAUUAAUGGCUAUACAGCAAAUGUAAACAUCUGUAGGCAAAAAGUAACCACCAGUCUGUGACAUUCUGCACAGUGACCACUAGGAGGCUGUUAUGGUUUAGCUUAUUAUUGUCCUGUGUAUGGAGAUACAGUAAAAAGCUUGCAACCCAUUCAAAUCGUACUCUAUAUAACAGCACACUCUUACACAAGUAAGAGUGUACUGAUUGUGAGCAGAUCAUCUUCUGGAACAGUGCACCGAGUAGCCAUGUUCCGACAAUAGGUGCAGGAGUAGGCCAUUCGGCCCUUCGAGCCAGCACCGCCAUUCAAUGUGAUCAUGGUUGAUCAUCCCCAAUCAGUACCCCGUUCCUGCCUUCACCCCAUAUCCCCUGACUCCGCUAUCUUUAAGAGCCCUAUCUAGCUCUCUCUUGAAAGUAUCCAGAGAACCUGCCUCCACCGCCCUCUGAGGCAGAGAAUUCCACAGACUCACAACUCUCUGUGUGAAAAAGUGUUUCCUCAUCUCCGUUCUAAAUGGCUUGCCCCUUAUACUUAAACUGUGGCCCCUGGCUCUGGACUCCCCCAACAUCGGAAACAUGAUUCCUGCCUCUAGCGUGUCCAAACCCUUAUAACUUGAAAUAAUCUUAUAUGUUUCAAUAAGAUUCCCUCUCAUCC